UAUGAAAUGACGAUCGAUUGUUACCUGUGAUUCGAUAAGUAUCGAUAAAUGAUAGAACCGUCAUUGAACUUCAAAACAAAUCUGAUAACAUUGCUUUAAAAAGCAAUACCGAAUUUUUACACAAGAAGAAAUGGCUUAAAUUACUACCUUCUCAAAAAAAGAAAAUACUUUUUCGAUAACAUAAAUYAAAUUAAAUCAAGUGUAAUGUAAUCUUCAAAUUGGUAAACGUAUAAAUUCAAGUACGAUGUCUUCAUUGAUCGUAACACAUGAUCAACGCAUCAUGAUGUUAGAAUUUGCAGUUGAAAAUUUGCACGUACCGCAGAAUUCUAUCUUUGACAAAGCUAUUUUAAAAAAGGUAACGGUAAUGUUUCGUUUCUUGGAUGAGGAUUGGACAGAACUUUUACCAAAUCGACGCGAUUAUCGUUCUUAUCGUGGUUCCAAUUAUGAAAAUGAACGAUUUUAUGGUGGACGUUCGGUAGUCUUCGCAUUGCCUGAAUCAUCUUUAGAAAAACCCAUGAAUGCGAUCGAUGUUCAAGUUUACGUAUUUAAAGAGAUUUGUGAUUAUUUUGAGCUCGAUUCUUGCGAGAAUGUUGGAUUCACAUUUUUAAGGGUUGAUCAUUUGAUAAAUGCAAUUAUUAAGGAAUUACAAGAACGUAAAGAACUUGGUCCAUAUUUAUGCAAUUCUCAUGAAAAUGACCCUAUUUCGAGAUCAUUAAUAGGAACUUAUACGUUGAUGAACGAUGAUUUAAAGGAAACUGAUGCUACGAUCAAAAUAUAUAUACGUAUCACUUAUCUUGGUAAUUGUAUUAUUACCGAAUUUGAGAAUACCAGAGGUAUUAAAACUGCAUUUCAUUGCCGUAAGGAUAAUGCCGAAGGAUAUCCAUAUCAAUUACGUGAGUUAACAUCAGAGAACUUUCGGACUGGUUGUUGGGGUAGUCAAUCCUAUCUGCCACCGGCAAUUUUAAAGAAGUUGAAGUGUUAUUGUGAACAAGAUAAGAUAAAAAAACAAAUGUUAACUCAAUUGACAGAAGCUUCUAAAACUGUUCAUGAAGCCGAAGCUACCAAAAUUGCUCGCGAAGACGAAGCUGAUACAAUUGCUCGCAAAGACGAAGUUGAUACAAUUGCUCGCGAAGACGAAGCUGAUACAAUUGUUCGCGAAGCCAAAACUGCUGCAAUUGUUCACGAAGCCGAACCUGCUAAAAUUGCUCGCAAAGCCAAAAUUACUAAAAGGGCUCAUGAAACCGAAGCUGCUAAAAUUACUCGUGAAGCCAAAACUACUAAAAUUACUCGCGAAGCCGAAAUUACUAAAAUUACCCGCGGAGCAGAAGCUGCUCAUAUUAGCAAAUUGAAAGGUCUUGAGAAAGAAGAAUCUAAAAAGAAGAAGAAAAAGAAAAAGAUUAUAGAUGCUGAUGCUCAUAUUUUUGCUAAUAUUGAUAAUCUUUAUAACGAAAAAAUUCGUUUCAUAAUGCAAGCAAUGAAAAAACGAAAAGCUCGUGGAUUGGGUGGUGCAGGAGUAGCUUUUUCUAGAAGAGAUGGAAAAAAGAUUUGUCCUCCAUUACUUGCUACAUCUCCUAUUCAUAUUUGUUCUCCAAUUGUUGGACCUUGCUCUCCUUGUCCGAAUUUCUUACCUUGUUUUGGUUCACAAGCUCUACCAUUUGCUACAUGUUGCUUAUAAAGUUAAAUACAAUUACAAAUUUAUUAAAUUUUAGUUGUUUAUUUUUUUUUCAUUAUUAUUUUGCAAAUUUUUAAAAUUUGUUUACAAAUAUACAUUAUAUAGUAAUAGAUUUCUGCCCUAACCGACAGUUGAC